CGGCUGCGCCGCCCGGCCGGGUCACCGUCUUGCGCAUGCGCGGACCCGGCGCCAUUUUGGUGGCCGGGCGCGGAGGUGAUUCCACACUGAGGAGAGCGCGGCGGCCGGGGUGGCAGUGGCAGCAUUCGUGUGCUCGGGUGUGGAUCGCCGAGGGAGGAGGCGGUGGUGGAAGAGGUGGCGGCGGUGGCGGUGGUCGUAGCGGUGGCGGAGGAGGCGGGUACGAAUCAGCUGCGGGCGGAGACAUGGCCAACAUCGCGGUGCAGCGAAUCAAGCGGGAGUUCAAGGAGGUGCUGAAGAGCGAGGAGACGAGCAAAAAUCAAAUUAAAGUAGAUCUUGUAGAUGAGAAUUUUACAGAAUUAAGAGGAGAAAUAGCAGGACCUCCAGACACACCAUAUGAAGGAGGAAGAUAUCAGCUAGAGAUAAAAAUUCCAGAAACAUAUCCAUUUAAUCCCCCUAAGGUCCGGUUUAUCACUAAAAUAUGGCAUCCUAAUAUUAGUUCCGUCACAGGGGCUAUUUGUUUGGAUAUCCUGAAAGAUCAAUGGGCAGCCGCAAUGACUCUCCGCACGGUAUUAUUGUCAUUGCAAGCCCUUUUGGCAGCUGCAGAACCAGAUGAUCCACAAGAUGCAGUAGUAGCAAAUCAGUACAAACAAAAUCCUGAAAUGUUCAAACAGACAGCUCGACUUUGGGCACAUGUGUAUGCUGGAGCACCAGUUUCUAGUCCAGAAUACACCAAAAAAAUAGAAAAUCUAUGUGCUAUGGGCUUUGAUAGGAAUGCGGUAAUAGUGGCCUUGUCUUCAAAAUCAUGGGAUGUAGAGACUGCAACAGAAUUGCUUCUGAGUAACUGAGGCAUAGAGAAAGCUGCUGAUAUAGUCAAGCUUGCCCCUUCUUGAGGAGCAUCAACAUCUGUUAUUUUUAGGAUUCUGCAUAGAUUUCUUUUAAACUGGCAUUCUUGCCUAAUGAUGUUAUCUAGGCAACAUUGGAGACUGAAAAAAAUCCCUGCUCUGUAAAUAAAGCUAAUUAAACGUCUGUGUAAAUUUAAAAAGGGGAAAUACUUUAAUUUUUUUCUUAAUAGUGUAAAAAUUCUUUGAGCUAAGCUAAAACCAUGGAAAAAACAUGCUACUUUAGUGUUUAGCAGUGUACCAAGACUAGCAAGAGUUUGCUUCAGGAUUUCGUUGAAUAAUUAAGAUAAUAUUUUGAGUGUGUCAGGGCCAUUCAAAUUGUUGGUGUUUGCAUCACAGCUACCUUAACUGUUUUUAACAUGGAUCCUCUGUGCCUGUGAAUUUACUUGCAUGCUUGUACUUGACUUCUUAGAAUGGGUAGCUGAAAAGACCACCAUUUUAAGCAUCUGAGAAUUAUUAAAUAUGAGAUUUAUCCAGAAUUGAAGAUGGUGACCUAUUCAGAGCCUUUUUGUCCUUGUCAGCAGACUGGGACACCAUAUCUAUUUUUCCCCCUCUCACCACACACAGCAAAUAUUCCAGUAGUAAAUUUCUCUCUUUGGUGGAGAAAUGUGCCUCGGGGCAGUAUCCCUUGCUCCAUAUUUAGGUCGUAAAUUUGCAAUGUUUUGUUAUAGUUCUUCACUCUUAACUUUCCUGUGUGAGUAAUAAUGUAAAAAUGGAGCUGCCAAUUUUGUUCCUCUUGCAAAAACAAUAAAUACUUGAUGUUGCAGUAUUCCCAAGAUUCAAUGAAAGAACCCAACUUAGUUUUUCAGUGAAUUUGACAUCUUUCUAUUUUUAAACUGAUGAAUUUUUCUUUGAGAACUUGCAAGGAUGCAAUCAGCUGUUGGCAGUUUUUUAGACUAAUUUUGGCUUCAUAGAGGUUGCUUUAGCAGGUCCUUUCCCAGUCACUCUUGCUUGCAUUUGCCCCUAUUGAUGCCUGAAAGCUGUGUGGUGUUUUAUUGUACAUACUUCAGAUACACAUAGGAAUAGAAGUGUGUUAUAAAUCUAGCUUUCUUUAUGAUGUUUCUGAUAAUAUGAGAAUUGAAAACUUUACCUUUUCUUGUACAUAGUCAGACUUUCUAUUCGUAUUAAAGUUACAUUUCAUUCUAAGUUCAAAAGUUUGAAAAUUGUUAGUUUUGCAAGCUCAAACACUAAUGUGACCAUUUUAUGAAGGCUGAAAUGGAUUUAUGCAGGCAGUUCUAUACAUAGAAACACAGUUCUUAUUAAAAUUUCAGGACCAAUGCAAAAUAAGAAAAAUGUAAUGGAAUGAAAAUGGAUGAAAGUAAGGCUGUAUAUUGGAAGUCAUAUUAUAAAAGGUUUGCUUUCUUCAAGUGUUAUUUAUCCUAAAUUAUAAUCAUUAAGUGUUUGGAAAAUAGUUUUGAACCAUAAAUUCAGUAUAAUUUCAUUUGACUUCUCAAUAAUCUUAGAAGCAAUAAAAGAACCAUUAUUAACUAUAUUGUAAUGUUAAAGAUGUGAAGGUUCUUCCAAAAACUUGUAAGGCUUUCCUAAUUAAUAGUAAGCUCUUGUAGUUAAUAUUAUUGCAUACUAAACACAAGUUGCUAUGUUUUUUUCCCCUAUAUAUUUGCUUAAGCAUAAAUUUCUUUAUACAAUCACCUCUUUUAAUUGUUAUAGUUUAGUUACUUUCUAAGAUGCCAAAGGAAACAAGAUUUUUUCUUUAUUUAUUUUAAAUAGCUAAAACCUUGUACUUUUCCUUAUAUUUUGAAGUAAGGUUGGGAUUGUGUGGAAUGUGGACAGUUUUGUUCCAGUGUUGGUUAGAUUUUUUUUCUUUUUUUUCUUUUUUUUUUUUUUUAAGUGGAGGGUUGGCUUGGUAAUACUUGGAUUAUUUUAAAUAUCAAACACAUCUACCCAAUUUACUAUUUGCCUAUAUUAUCAGGGUAUAUUUAAUUGUCCUGUGGUUAGACAAAAGAUAGAAUAAACUCAGAGGUUACUAAGGUCAAACAUUACCUACUUAGCUUUUGGAGGCAGCUAUACCUUUAUACCUUGCCUUUGAUUUUUAUGCACAUUAAUGCCAUAGGUAAUCUCAUCCAACUGCAAUCAACAUGUUCAAUGCCCAGGAAAUUGAAAAGUAUAAUAUUUGGUAUAAGAGGUUCUCCAUAAUUCAUUUUUCAUUUCAAAAAUUUAUUUACCUCAUUUACAUUAAAUGUGAUAAUCCCUCUUUCCUUUCUGGUGCAUUUCCCACUGUCCUCCUGUUUCUUGUUUUUUACUUCUCUACGGAUAAAUGCAUUUCCCUAAACAUAAAAACUAAGGCAAUUGCUUUUUUUUCUCUGGUCUUACGGGUUUGGGAAAAGGACACUAAAACUGCAGGUCUAGAGAAAAGGUACCCUGGUGGAAAUUAUUUUUAUAAUUCUCAAUUUUUUGUGAUUUGUCAGUUGUAAAGACCUCAAAAAUUAUGGAAUAUAUAUAUGUGAAAAUCUUAUUAGGGCAGGCAGAUUUGCUAGAGGUCACUGAUAUUCCAGUAGGUUUUUAUUAUAAUUGGGUCUAUUUCCUGGGUAUGUGCCCAACUUUUUAAAAGGACAAAUACUUAGUUGUAUAGUAUUUCACUACAGAUUACUGGAUGCACGAAUAGCAAUUUGUCACUCAAGUAAGUAUACAGUAGGUGGUAUAUCAAUAUUUGAGAACUUUGUACUAGAUUCUCUGAGUUAGCUCCCCAAAAUAUUUGGAAUUGUGACUGUGGUUUACUUAAAUACAUAAUAACAUUCAAGUAUAUAUAUGUUUGGAUUCUGGGUAUUUUGCUUUUGAGGAGAGUAAUCUAUGAAAUGAAAGUAAGACUGACUUUUUUUUUCAUUUUGGAGAUAUUUCACAUUUGUGAUUGUUGGUGGCGCUUAAAACUAUGCAAAAAUAAUUUUUUAAAGUAUCUGUAAGAAAGAAUUGGCAGUUAAAAUGGAUAUUGCUUAUUUAUGCACUACAGAAUGCAGCAUAUUGUGUUACUGUUUAGGCUGCUUAUCAAUAAGUUUAUCAAUGUGAAAAGCAGAUCUUGGUUAUAAGUGUAUGCCUGAUUUGAGCUUUUAAAACUCUGCAGUAGGGGUAUGAUAAUGUUUCCACAGUACUUGUAGCAACAUGGGAAAUAAAACAUUUUUGUUGUUUUAAAGAUUUAAGGUGGGUUCAGGCAGGGGGAAGGGUUGGAGCCAGGUAUACUUUCUUGUACAUAGAUGGAAACAAUGUUUGGAUAUGAUAAAGGAAGCCGUCUGUUUACAGUUAACUUUCUUUCAUGGACUUUUACAAAAUGAUAUUGUAUUAAUCACUUUUUCUAAUUCAAGAAAUUUCAAUUCCAGGGUACAAACCAUUGGUUUAAAAAAUUUGCAUUUCCAUUCCUUUAGUACCAGUUUAAAAUAAAUGCUUAACAUCAGCUGUUUGCUAUCACUGGGGAAGAAGGCAACUUGAAGUAUUUACUGAUAAAUAGCCUUUUCCCAAAUGUUACUUUUCUGCAGUGUCUAACAUAUAAUGUCACAUGUUCUAUUUGCACUGUUGCAAUAUGGAUCAAAAAUCUGGUGGCAUAGGGAUAGGGGAAUGUUAGUCUCUCCCUUGUCCCUUUUAUUCUGUUAACUGCUUUAUUGGACUGAUCUACCCUCAUAAACCUGUGAUCAUCACCUAAAUGUAAGUUGUGAAUGUGUCACCUUUUGCUUGGUUACUUCAACCAUGCUGCUAUAUAUAAUCAGGUGUGGCACGGUUUAUCAGUUUGGUUCUAGGGGGUGAGUGAAUACAAAUCAUUGCACUGUGCUGUUAAAUGAUCCUUGUGUGCUUGCUGUUACCUACUUUUUACAGGCAUCAUAAUAAAAGCUAGACUAUU